AUGUCCCGGGGUCACCGGUGCCCCCGCCCCCCUCGAGCCACCGGUCACUCACUGCGCGUCGCGGGUCCGCGGGCGGCGGCUGGGGCAGGCGCGCACCCCCGGGCCCCGCGCUCCCGGGCACGUGUCGCGCUCGCCCCCGGGCCGCCGACUUCCCGCUGCCAGCGCGCGCCCUCCGGCCGCCGAGUCCGCGGCGCUGCGGGCGACCCCGAGGCGGGGUCAGGGCGAGGGGACGCGGCGGCGACCCCCGGCUGCGCGCUCCGGCGGCCCGCGCCCGCGGGUCCCUGGCCGCGCUCCAAGCUGCGGGCGCCCGUGCGCCCCCGGGGGCUUCCAGCGGCUCCUCCAGCGAGAUUUUAUUUAUUUAUUCAUGAGAGACACACACACACACAGAGAGAGAGGCAGAGACGCAGGCAGAGGGAGAAGCAGGCUCCAUGCAGGGAGCCCGACGUGGGACUCGAUUCCGGAACCCCAGGAUCACGCCCCGAGCCGAAGGGAGAUGCUCAACGGCUGAGCCACCCGGGCAUCCCGACAGACCAUCCUCUUUUUAUUCUGGUCACAUGGAGAAGAAUAUGAUUGACAACAGCUUCUAAACUUUGCAUCUAAAAUUCUGUCACUGAAGAGAGUCUCUUUUUUCUAAAACUCCUGGGGAGAGACUUGGAUUGGCCCAGCUUAGGUCAAGUUUGCACCUCUAGCCCAAUUGUUAUGACCAGAGGCAAGUCCUGGGGCAGGACUCAUCCACAUUGGAUGAGGAUACCUCACAUUGAUAUGGGAGAGCUAAGUUUUUGUCUCAUGGAGUCGAAGAAUGAAUCUUGCGGACAACGGAGAAUGAGUAAAGUGAUAGAAGUUUAUUAAGCAAAGAUACAGAGAAAGCUCUAAGAAGUGAGAGGGGACAACCCAGCAAUUGCACUGCUGGGGAUUUACCCCAAAGAUACAGAUGCAGUGAAACGCCGGGACACCUGCACCCCGAUGUUUAUAGCAGCAAUGUCCACAAUAGCCAAACUGUGGAAGGAGCCUCGGUGUCCAUCGAAAGAUGAAUGGAUAAAGAAGAUGUGGUCUAUGAUACAAUGGAAUAUUACUCAGCCAUUAGAAACGACAAAUACCCACCAUUUGCUUCGACGUGGAUGGAACUGGAGGGUAUUAUGCUGAGUGAAGUAAGUCAAUUGGAGAAGGACAAACAUUAUAUGGUCUCAUUUAUUUGGGGAAUAUAAAAAAUAGUGAAAGGGAAUAAAGGGGAAAGGAGAGAAAAUGAGUGGGAAAUAUCAGAAAGGGAGACAGAACAUGAAAGACUCCUACCUCUG